CCUUCAAUCGGAGAAACAUUACGUUUAUUGCAGAUCGGGGAAUAAGAUGCGGCAUCUUCUCCGAACCAUAGUUCACAAAGCUGCUUCUUCAUCUUCUUCAUGGACUCGAAGCAAAGCUCAAUCUUCUUCACAAUCUUACUUACGUCUCUUCUCAAAUCAACUUCAUUCUCAAGCAUCGUCAUCGUUCGGCAUUGCAUUUGACAUCGAUGGCGUCCUCCUCCGGGGCAACACUCCCAUCGGCGGUUCUCCUCAGGCUCUCCGACGCCUCUACGACGAUUCCGGUACUCUGAGAGUUCCUUAUGUUUUCUUGACAAAUGGAGGUGGUGUCCCUGAAUUUAAAAGAGCAACAGGGCUUACUAGACUGUUGGGAAUCAACAUCCUGCCUUUACAGGUUAUACAGGGCCAUACACCAUUCAAACAACUGGUGAAAAGAUUUGAGAAUGAAUUCAUUGUUGCUGUUGGAAAAGGUGAACCUGCUGAAGUAAUGUCCGAAUAUGGUUUCAAAAAUGUCCUCUCAAUUGAUGAGUAUGCAUCGUUUUUCAAGAAUAUCGACCCAUUGGCACAAUAUAAAAAGUGGAUAGACAAGCAGGCUGUUGGUCAUGAUAAAGUCACUUUGAGACAAGAUCCUUGCUCUGAGAGAGUGCAGGCUGUCUUUGUUGUUAGUGAUUCAAUUGAUUGGAGCAGGGACAUUCAGGUUCUUUGUGAUAUUCUAAGGACUGGGGGCCUACCAGGAAGAGAGAUUGCACACCAACCACCUCUCUUUUUUGCAAAUGAUGACCUUUCCUAUCAGGCCUUGUUUCCCGCUGAACGCCUUGGAAUGGGUGCCUUCAGAAUUGCACUUGAAUCUGUAUUUAAUAGCAUUCACCCAAAAGCUCUGGAAUAUACAUCUUACGGAAAACCAAAUCCUUUUGUAUUCAAAAAUGCUGAGACAACAUUGAUGCAACUCUCACCACAUUGUCAAAAUAGUGAGGCUAUUGGUGGAAUGCAUUCUUUCAAAACCUUGUACAUGGUUGGCGAUAAUCCAUCAAUAGACAUCAAUGGAGCUCGGCAGGCCGGAAGUCCUUGGUUCUCGAUUUUGACAAGGACAGGGGUUUUCAAGGGGAAAGGAAACGACACAGAUUUUCCAGCAGAUCUGGUUGUUGACACUGUGGAAGAGGCAGUGGAGUAUAUCUUGAGAAGGGAAUUUGAGUCAUAAAACUAGUUGGGCAAAUCUUUCCUUUGGUCCUCAUGUCCUACACAUUUUGGAGCAACUAGUUUUUCAGAUAGUAUGUGCAAUGAAAGGCUACAAAGAGGAAGAUUUUUCUAUUCUUAUUGGCUUGAAUUAUUCAUUUUUUUAAAAUUUUUUUUGGGGUUUUCCGCUAUUAGUCCCUUUUUUCUUAACCCUAAUCAUCAAACCCAUCUUGUGAUUAUUUUUAGCUAAUUAUGAUUCUUAAUGCUAAAUUUUUGUUGAGUUUAUUUUAUUUUUACUUUUCAUUUUUCA